CCAGGAUGCGGGCUCCGUCUCUCUCGUGGCUGGUGCUUGUGCUGUCAGCUGUGGGGGCUCUGCUGAGGGCUGGGACCCCCGGAGAAGAGGUCUCCAGCACCCCAGCUUUGCCUGGGGAGCCAGCCACAGGCACCGGGGGCCUCAUCUUCCACCAGGACUGGGACUGGCCACCAGGCAGCCCCCAAGAACCCCUGGGGUGCUUGGUGACGCUGGACGAGGGUGGCAACCGGAGCAGCGCCCCGCUGCGGGUGGCGGGGGCCCUGAGCGGCUACGAGCAGGCCUUCCUGGAGGCCGUGCAGCGCACCCGCUGGAGCCCCCGCGACCUGGCCACCUUCGGGGUCUGCUCCCCUGCCGACCGGCAGGCGGCCGUACCAUCUCUGCAGCGCCUGCAGGCCUGGCUGGGGGCACCCUGGGGGCAGUGGCUGGUGGUCCUGCACCUGGAGGAAGUGAUGUGGGAGCCGACGCCCUCGCUGAGGUUCCAGGAGCCCCCAUCUGGAGGAGCCAGCCCCCCGGAGCCAGCGCUGCUGGUGCUGUACGCCGGGCCCGGCCCUAAGGUCACUGUCACGGGGGCCGGGCUGCCGGGGGCCCAGAGCCUCUGCCCGUCCCCGGACACCCGCUACCUGGCGCUGGCCGUCGACCACCCAGCAUGGGCCUGGCGCCACCCUGGGCUCACCCUGACCCUGCAGCCUCGCGGAGACGGUGCCCCCCUGAGCACGGCCCAGCUGCAGACGCUGCUGUUCGGCACCGACCCCCGCUGCUUCACGCGGAUGACCCCCGCCCUGUUCCUGCUACAGCGGCCGUGGCCCGCGCCCAUGCCCGCGCACGGCCGGCUCGACACGGUGCCCUUCCCGCCAGCCAGGCCGUCCCCGGAGCCCGAGGAGCCGCGGCCCAGCGCCGACCCCUUCCUGGAGACGCUCACGCGCCUGGUGCGCGCGCUGCGGGGGCCCCCGACCCCGGCCUCGCCGCCACGCCUGGCCCUGGACCCGGGCGCGCUGGCCAGCUUCCCGCAGGGCCUGGUCAACCUGUCGGACCCCGCGGCGCUGGAGCGCCUGCUGGACGGCGAGGAGCCGCUGCUGCUGCUGCUGCCGCCCACCGCGGCCGCUGCCCUCCCGGGGCUGCCCCCCGCCGCAGAGCCGCUGCUGGCGCGCCUGCUCGCACUGUGCCCGGGGGACGCCGGGGACCAGGGCGGCCCGGGCGGCCCGCUGCGCGCGCUGCUGCUGCUGAAGGCGCUGCAAGGCCUGCGCGCCGAGUGGCGCGGGCGCGAGCGGAGCGGGCCCGGGCGGGCGCAGCGCAACGCGGGGACCGGGGCCGCCGACGGGCCGUGCGCGCUGCGCGAGCUGCGCGUGGACUUGCGCGCCGAGCGCUCCGUGCUCAUCCCCGAGACGUACCAGGCUAACAACUGCCAGGGCGCGUGCGGCUGGCCGCAGUCCGACCGCAACCCGCGCUACGGCAACCACGUGGUGCUGCUGCUAAAGAUGCAGGCCCGCGGCGCCGCCCUGGCGCGCGCCCCCUGCUGCGUGCCCACUGCCUACGCGGGCAAGCUGCUCAUCAGCCUGUCCGAGGAGCGCAUCAGCGCGCACCACGUGCCCAACAUGGUGGCCACCGAGUGCGGCUGCCGGUGACCCGCCGCGUGCUCCCAGUGGCGCCCUGCCCGUAUUUAUUCGGAUCCCAAUAAUCGCCCCAAUAAAGACCAGCAAGCACCCAGCUCGGGU